UUCACCCCGCUUCUCUCCCACAGGCCGAGUGCUUUGGCCCCGCCCCUUUUGCGUUGGCGAGGUCAGCUGAUGCAGAGUCACGUGACCGACCCGGCCCGAAGGGAACCCGGAAGCAGCCAUGCGGGUGAGCCUCCUGCUCCUCUGCCUGGGCUCUGUCGGGGUCUCCAUGGCAACAGAGAGGCCUGAGGCCUACCGGAGAAAGGUGUCUCUGGAAUACAAUCCUGGCUGGAACAGCUCGGAGGCCAACCUCCUCCACAUCCGGGCCGUGGGACAAAACGACACCCUCCACUUCGUCUGGAGCACCAUUGGCGCCCCGACCAUGGUCCUCGUUUACACCGGGAGUGAAACCAGCUCCCUCCACGUCAACUGGACCAAGCUGCUCUCCAAUUCGCCCUUCGGUGCCAUCCGGGUCGAACCGGAAGAGAGCGUCUUAUAUUCCACGGCUGUCAUCUUUGCCAAGGUGUACGAGUACAAUGGCACCAACACGUCGGAUCUCUCCAAAGCGCUGGCGGGUGACUUCUAUCCCGCCUACGACUUGGCCAACUUCACCUGGGACAGUCUGGAUGGGAAGUGGAACCAGUCGGAUCUGACGGCCACCUUCCGGGGCGUUUGCGCCGAUCACGGAGGGACCGGUUGGAAUGGGAGCAUCGCUUUCCAGGUGACGGCUUUCGAAGGGAGCGACCGGGACGCGCCCCUCCCGCGCCUGCUCCACUCCGCAAACAGCUCCAAAGUGGCCUUUGUCAUGCACGGGGUGGCCCCCCGGGGCAAGCAGUCCCGCUUUGCGCUGGAGAUCUUCGCGCUGGAAGAAGGAAGCGGGCGCAAGGAGCUGCAGUCCGUCCGCUCCAUCGACGACGAGUAUACGCCCACCAUAUUCGAGAUGGCGCAGCUGGUUUCCCGUCCCCGCAACGACAGUGUCGGAUCAAGCUUCGUCCAGUGGAAAACGGCCGCCUAUGCCUCUCCGGACGCCCAACGGACCGACACCAUCCACUGCCAGUAUUACCCGCUGCGCACGGCCAACCUGAACCUCCCCGGGCGCAGCCUUGCCUACGCUUUUUUCGGCCCGGAGGCACACUAUGCCGUGGCCGGACUCAACGUUUCCUUCGGCGGCGAGGACAGCGAGGCCUACCAGGAGAAGCGCUACCUGAGCUGGUCCGCAUUGAUCGGUUACGGGGAGCCUCCCGAGGACAUGUUCUCCACGCUGGUCAUGGUAAUCCUGGCCGUGGCCCUGGGCACCCCGGUGCUGCUCCUUGUGGCUGGCGGCAUCACGGUGUGCGUCGCGGCCCAGAAGCGGCGAUAUUCCGAAUACGAUCCCAUCAACUGAGAAACGGAUUACGUCGGAGUUUGUUCUGAGGAUCCCUUUUUGCACCGUUCAUUGUCUGAUUUGGCUCAAACUUUUCAAAACUUUUAAAUCAUUUCAGGGGUUCCAUUUGGGAGGAAAACUCACUUUUUUGCCCUUGGAUAUUGAGGAGUUUUGCACAAUUUUCUAUACUCUUUUGGGUCCAAGAAGGGCCCAGUUUGGCCCCUUUUCUACACUCUUUUGGGUCCAAGAAGAGCCUUUGUUUUGGCACGAAAUGGGUGGAAAUUGCCUUUUUUUUUGGAACUAAAAUAGCCUGGAAACAUGGCAAAUUUUCUCCUUUUGGACACAAAAAGGUGCGCAAUUCUGUAUGUAGCUUAUCAAGGAUGCGAUGGGGGAAAUAUCGUACUUUUUACUUCUUUUCAUGGCACAAGCAAUACCCAAACAGUGGUCUUUUUUUACAUCAUGGGGAGAUAACUGUAAACGGGUUACGGUCAUUCACUAUCAUCACUAUUUUCUAUCCACAGGGAGAGAAAAAAACUCUUAAUCUCUCAGGGAACACUUUGUUUUGGGGCCUUAGUUUCUCAUUUGUUGUCUUUCAGGCUCUGCUUGCGUUUACAUGCUGCUUCUAUCGUAACCGUAAUGGGAUAUUUUGUAUGGAAUUUCUCCUUCUCUAUGGCUCGGUUCUCUGUGGCACAAUAACCCCUUCUCCCCAAAAACUCCACACUUUCGAAUCGACUCAAUUGCAGAAAUGUUUGCUUCGACGGUUGCCAACUCUUUUUCUCCUUGAGGCUCCUGUGCCGUUAGAAAAAGGACUUUUGGGGCAACGGGAAUGUCUUAGGUGGUGGUUUUAGAACUAAAAGGUACAAGAGCACCAACAAGAUGAAACAGAGAAAGGGUUGGGAAUGUAUUUUCUGAAAGGGGCAAACCACUAUUUUGUAUUGUUUACGGGCUGUCGCUGCCCAUAAAACAAUUGCACUAUCGAUCUAUACACAUAAUAAAAGUGAAAAUAAGUA